CCCCCCGACACACUCCGCCAUGGAGCCGCAGCCUGAGGUGAGCGGCGGCGGCGGGAAGCCGGAGACGGAGACGGAGCCGGAGCUGGAGACGGAGCUGGAGCUGGAGACGGAGCUGGAGACGGAGACGGAGCCGGGCGACGCCACAGCGGGACAGAGCGGCCCGUUGGCCGGGGCAGGGUCCGGGUCCGGGGGCAGCGGCGAGGCCGGGGCUGAGGGUGAUGUCUGUGGCCGGAGCGGGGCCGCGGCUGCGGGGAUGUGGAGGUGUCCACACGCAGCGCCCGCCCACGACCACGACCACGACCACCCGCGACCCCCGCAGCGCUUCGUGAGGAGGACGGUGCCGUCGGGGUCGGGGUCGGGGUCGCUGCCGGGGGGAGCAGAGGCCGAGGGAUCGAGCACCGAGAGCCGGGGGGAUGAGGCCGGGGACACGGACAGCCGCGAUGGGGAGCGGGAGAUGGAGAUGGAGAGCCCGGGGGUCGCGGAUGGUCGGGAGCUGCCGCAGGGCCAGAGCGAGGAGAACGAGGAGGAAGCUGAGAUGAAGGCGGUCGCCACCUCUCCCGACGGCAGGUUCCUCAAGUUCGACAUUGAGCUGGGUCGCGGCUCCUUCAAGACGGUGUACAAGGGUCUAGAUGCUGAGACGUGGCUGGAGGUGGCCUGGUGCGAGCUGCAGGACAGAAAACUUACAAAGGCAGAGCGUCAGCGGUUUCGCGAAGAAGCAGAAAUGCUGAAAGGAUUGCAGCACCCUAAUAUUGUUCGAUUUUAUGACUCUUGGGAAAGUCCUCUGAAGGGGAAAAAAUGUAUUGUAUUAGUUACUGAAUUAAUGACCUCAGGAACAUUGAAAACAUAUUUAAAAAGAUUUAAAGUGAUGAAAACAAAAGUUAUGCGAAGCUGGUGUCGGCAAAUAUUGAAAGGCCUAUAUUUUCUGCACACAAGGACACCGCCAAUUAUUCAUCGAGAUUUAAAAUGUGAUAAUAUUUUUAUUACUGGACCUACAGGAUCCGUGAAAAUAGGAGAUUUGGGGCUUGCAACUUUAAAGCGUGCCUCUUUUGCUAAAAGUGUUAUAGGUACUCCAGAGUUCAUGGCUCCAGAAAUGUAUGAAGAACACUAUGAUGAAUCUGUGGAUGUGUAUGCUUUUGGAAUGUGCAUGUUGGAAAUGGCUACCUCAGAAUACCCAUACUCAGAAUGUCAGAAUGCUGCUCAGAUAUAUCGAAAAGUUACAAGUGGAGUAAAACCAGCAAGCUUUGGUAAGGUUAUCGAUCCAGAAAUAAAGGAGAUCAUUGGCGAAUGUAUCUGCCAAAAUAAAGAUGAAAGAUAUCCUAUAAAAGAUCUUUUAAAUCAUGCAUUCUUUGCGGAGGACACUGGGGUUAGGGUUGAACUUGCUGAAGAAGAUGAUGGAAUAAAAAAUUCAAUUGCAAUGAGACUCUGGGUUGAUGAUCCUAAGAAGCUGAAAGGCAAACCGAAAGACAAUGGUGCAAUUGAGUUCAGUUUUAACUUGAAUAAAGAAAAUCCUGAGGAUGUUGCACAAGAAAUGAUUGACUCUGGGUUCUUUCAAGAAUGUGAUUCCAAGACUGUUGCCAAGUCGAUACGGGAUAGAGUAGCUUUAAUUACGUGGAGAAGGGUAAGGAGUCAACAAGUAAAUAAGGCUACUGCUGAAAGAGAGACAGAUAACCAGGAUAAAGAGAAGAAUGGUAUUCAUCAAGUUAUUGACACCUCCCAGCAAGGCCAACAAAUCUCCUCAGAAUUGGAAGAACCUGAAGCUGACCAACACCUUUGUCCAAGUUUGCUGAAGACUGUUACAUCCAUGAUGUCUGACAGCACUUGUGACAGUGGGCAAGGAUCAACACUUUACUCUGACUCCCAAGACAGCCAGCAGAGUGUAGUUUACUCGUCUGUUCAUGAGGCAGUGCCCUCUGCCGUACAGCAGAUCUACAGUCCACCUCAGUGUGAAAUCCAAGCACCUUCCAUUAGCUCUCAGUCAAUCGCACACUACCAGCACACUUCAACGCCCUACUCUCUGGUGCAUGUUCCACCUGUGGCUUUGCCUACACAAUCCCAUCAGUUUGGGCCUCAGCAGCAUUACCAGCAACCAGCCCCACUUCCUACGAUGCAGAUGGCACAAGCCCAACAGUUGGACCCUUAUUUCUGCACUGCAACAUUCCAUUUUCAGCAACAGAUGCCAACGGCUGAAGAUUUUGUCCCACCUGUUUCUCAACCACUGCCUCAAUACCAAGUUCAACAGCUUCCGAGGCCAGCACUGCCACCCCAAACCAUGCAAAUGAUUCCUUUGCAGAUUUCUUCAGAGCCCCUUCAAAUUAACCAAUCAACUCCAGCUAUGGAGAUUCAUCCUGAACAUGAAAAGCACCAGACUGCAGCAUAUGGUGGUUCUUACGAUAAUGUAUAUUCUGAUGCUGCAUCAGGAAAAGAAAUGAGUGAUGGAUAUGAUGGAAUUCACACCAGUGGAAAACAGGAGAACAAAAGUUCAAGGAAGCAUCAUAGGAGGUCUACACGCACUCGUUCACGACAAGAAAAGACAACUAGACCAAAGCUAACUAUCCUAAAUGUAUCAAAUGUAGGAGAUAAAAUGGUGGAAUGCCAGUUGGAAACCCACAAUCACAAAAUGGUAACCUUUAAAUUUGAUUUGGAUGGCGAUGCUCCAGAUGAAAUAGCAAUUUAUAUGGUGGAUAAUGAUUUUAUACUUGAAAUUGAAAAGGAGAUUUUCAUAGAACAGAUGAAAGAUAUAAUGGAUAAAGCAGAAGAUAUGCUGACUGAGGAGGCAGAGGACGGUAGAAACUCUACAGGUUUUCAAGUUGCUGGCAAAUCUGAAAUGAUGUCAACUUCUCAACAGAAGUGUCAACAGAAUGUAUUGCAUACUGGCCGAAGAUGGUUUAUUAUAUGUCCAGUUGUGGAGAACAGUACAACAAGAAAGUCAGAAUCUCCAGCAGACAUUCAUCCAAGUCAGCAACCAGCAACUUCUACUCUGGAAACUGAAAAUGCAAGUGAUGACAGACCAAUGGAUUAUUUAGCAUGGCAGAUCUCUGGUUCUUCAGCUGCUACACAUGGCAUCACUUCUGGACAUUGCAUUGCACCUCCAUCUUCAGUACCAGUGUUGUCAAAUAUUAAUGACUCAGCAAGUUUGCCUGGUCAAGUAAUAAAUCCGAGCAUUCCUACGAAACAACUGGAACCUGAGGAGAAAUCUAGAAAUGAAGUGCAGCAGAGUAGUCACCAGGUUAAUUCUCCUGUUUCAUUUCAAAGUCAGAUUGCCAAUCACAACCCUUUAGAACUUCAAUCUAAGACUGCUUGUCAGCAGCAGACAGAAGAACAAUCAGAUAUAGCUUUUAGCCCACCUUCAGUUGUGGACAUGCCUUGUUGUUCUGUUAGUGAUUCCCUUGCUAUCCAAUCAAUAUCGAUCCAAACAGAACUUUCACUUCCUGCUCAAUCUGUGGAACCUAAUCCCCUUUGCAGCUUUGAUUUGGAGCAGCAGCCUGUUAUGCAAGCUUACGUGCCUGACAUCUCACAACCUGUUUCAAUGCAGUCAUCUGAAACAGUAAGUAAUUCAUCACCAAGUUCUCAGCCGCAGAGUCCUGCACAGAUUCCAAGUAUUAAUCAACAGUACCCAUCACAAGCACACCCCCAGUCAAUUACUAUGACUGGUAUCGUUAGCAGUCAGCAGCAGCUUUCUCUAGUGGUUGAAUCUGAUGUGGAAGGUCCACGUAAAAUUGAAUUUACAGAUAAUACAAUAAAGUCACUGGAUGAAAAAUUACGUACUUUAUUAUAUCAAGAGCCUGGAGGGAUUCUUCCAGUUCAUCCAGCUACAGAUUCUGCUGAUGCUGCUGCUGCAGAAUGUAUGGGUUGCACAGAAGAGCUUUACGCUGAGCCCCUGGGUGAAGUACAUGAUGCUACACUUUCCGUGACUGUUUCUGUACACGAUGUAAAACAUAUAGAUGCACCUAUCCAUUCUGUUUUACCAAUUACCCAAGUUCCAAAUGUGGGAUCACUGCCAAGCGUGACAAGUCCACCCGAACAUUUACUGGAAGAAACUUCCAAUCAAUGUGAAGCUUUGAGAGAGGUUCUGUACCAGCAUGUGAAAACACCAGAGAUACAUAUGGGUAGAGACUCCACUUUGACUGGAGAAAAUGGAUCAUCUGAUAAUGUUGCUCCAACAUCUCAGGAUACUGGUAACAAAAUUGUGUAUAAUGCAAAAAAUGGAACAAAGCCAAUCAAAGAUCCACCAAAAAGACAUUUAUUAAGUACAUCAUCAGCAAAUAGUGAAAGUGAUCAAAAGACAGACAAGCUGUCCAUUAGAAGAAUCAACACAAUUGGCAGAUUUUCAGUUAUUAGUACAAAAGAUGAAGUUACUUUAAAAUAUCCUGGUCUCAAUAGAUAUUCUGCACCGCCUGAAUUAUAUCCAAUGGAAUUCCCUACUAGUCCUGAUGUAAAGCCUUUGGUUAAGCAAGCUCAAAGCCCAGUUCCCAUGGAAGUUAAGCUUUGGAGUCAGGUCUCUUCAGAUUCUGAUGAGCCAUUCAAUGUAAAACCUAAAGUUGUUCAAAAGUUACUUAUUUGCAAUCAGACAACCACAGACGGAGAAUUCUCUUUAUCAGGAAAAUUGGCUGCCUUGUUGAAGAGUGAUGAUAAGCAGGUGCCUGAACAUGUAAUUGGCCAAACUCCUCCAACCAUAAGCAUUCAUUCUCCAUCUCCUUCCCACUCAUCGUACAUGAGCAGUGACAAUGAUUCUGAAUUUGAAGAUUCUGAUAUGAAAAAAGAGCUACAGAUACUACGAGAAAAACACAUGAAAGAAAUCUCAGAACUUCAAGUUCAUCAAAGACAUGAGAUUCAGGAAUUAUACAGUCGUUUGGGAAAACCUUUACCAACAGCUUUAGGAUUCUUGCAAGCUGUACCACCUACAAGCCGACGGCGAAGAACCAGUAAGAACAAACUAAAAGCUGGCAGGCUUCUUAAUCCAUUAGUACAGUCUCUGAAGAAUGCAGCUUCCAAUACAAGUCUAUCUUCCAAUACAAAUAUUCAAACAAAUAGCUGUAUUGCAUCUAAACAUCAAGAUGCCUCAUGUAGUUCUGAUACAUUAGAAGCUACUCAAUCGGAGGCUGUGCAAACCCAACAACCCGGCUCUAUCAAAUCCUCCUUAUCCUCUGAUGAUUAUCAAGGCUUUAUUAAUGAGGGGGCAGGUGCUGCACAAGGAGAUGUUGCCCAAGGCUGGACGGUUUUCCACCAAACGUCUGAGAGAGUGACCUAUAAAUCUAAUAGCAAACCUCGUACCAGAUUCCUCAGUGGACCUGUGUCUUUGUCCAUCUGGUCGACCCUGAAACGGCUAUGCCUUGGCAAAGAUCGCAGUAGGUCUUCAAGUAGCAGCAGUACAAGUCAUUCAGUGCAGCGGGUCUUGAACCAACACCAGUCCCAGCCUCAACAAGAGCAAUCACCUCCACAACCCUCUCAAACCAACAACAGUAACAACAAGAAGGGAACUUUUACAGAUGACCUGCACAAACUUGUAGAUGACUGGACCAAAGAAACAGUGGGAGCGGCACAAUUCAAGCCUUCCUUAAAUCAAUUAAAGCAGAACCAGCAUAGAUUUGAUGUGGAGGUCAGGCAGAAACUCUCCCAACCUGAUGGAAGAGCUGCAGCAGGGAAGAUGAGAAAUGUUUCUGCUCCGGUGACAUGUCCAGCAGCAGCUGCUUUAGCACCAGGGAAUUCAACAAUACCAGCAGGAGUGUCAACUGCUCCUAUCCCUGGUCCAUUGCCUGCUUACGUGCUGCCUCUGUGUCAGUAUGGUGGAGUCAUCCCAACAACAAUAUAUGGUGUACACUGGCAAGGUCUCUCAAGUUCAGCAUUGCAGCCUGGACUGUUAAAUACUCAAGGGAUUUCUUCAUUUCCUUCUCUCAACAAAGGGGGCCUACAGAUGUUUCCAGUACCACUCCAGAAACCCAUUAUAAACCCAUCUGGGCCCAACAUGAGGACUACUUAGCUUUGUGAUGAAGAAUCUGAAAUAAUAAGGGCACGGGGAAAAUAAUUUUUGGGAAGAGUUUGAUUUAACUGCUUUCUGUGUACAUACAAAAUGAAAGAUAAGAUGGAAGUUGAAUAUUAUUGGCAACCAGACUGGGCUUGCUGGUGCACAUGGCCAUAUGCAGCAUUGAGCAAUCACUGAAAUAUUUUCACAAAGUUGCUGAAAGCUUGAUAGUUCUUGGGUCAUAGUUGCAUUUGUCUUGCAAUUCAGACACUUUAUAUUUUGCUUUAUAUAUUUAAUUAACACUAAAUGUUAAGUUGCAUUACUUGAAUGGAUCUUGAGAUAUAUUUAAUAAGCCUGCAGGAGUUCAGUGCCUUGAAUUAUGCUUUUCAGUGUUCACUGGGAAGAAAUGUUUGCAAGGGUUUUUUUAAGUUUAUACUGUGGUCUGUUGGACAUGUUUUAGUUUAUUUAAGAAAGGCUAGAUGGUUUACAAGAUGUCUAUUGGGUAACUUAGCUAUCUGCACAUGAACAAUGAAUAUGUUGCUUUACUGUCUUUGCCACAUGAAAAUAACUAAAUGCUGCUAGUUCUCCCUUUUCCAGGGGCUUAUUAUCACAUACCGUGGAAUGAUUUAGCUGCUGUUCAAUCUACUGCUAGUAGGAUAUCUAAAUCAUUUUGAUUCUAAAUUUAUUUAGAAUAAAAAUCAAAAUCUUAUCUUCAUGCUAUGUUGAAGUAUCUGCACGUCUGUUCACUCAUGUUGUGGUAUUGUUUUAGAGAAGCACUGAACUGAGUUUGAAUUGUGGAUUCACCAACAGUAUUAAUAUGACACAAAAAUCUGUCUUGUCUUCCAUGUUAUCUUUUGCUUUUCAAAGAUGCAAACGGUUUUGAUUUAUCGAUACUUAACCAUGAACAGAUUAGACUGAGAAUAAUCUACUUAAGAGAUGGCAAGGAAAUGGGUUUCUUCAGUUAAAUUGUAACUUACCCACCAUAUAGGUUUCUUUUCUUUAAGGAUAAUGUAUUUUUGGCAAAGGAACAAAUCGCACUGUUGUAUUGUUGAUCCUCAUGAUAGACGUGAAUAGAUAAACUACCAGGUGGAGCAUGAUGGGGGAUAACAGGCAAGAGAGAGGUAAGGAAGGCAGAUGAAGGUUUACUGCUCUGAUUUCUUUCCAGCAAUAUUUUAUACCACAUGCUGAAAGGCAGAGAUGACGUGCUGCCAAUCUGUGAAGAACUGUAACUGUACUUCUGAGUUUUGCUAUCUAAAUGAUUUUUGUUUAUACCCUUUAAUAUUUUAUCAAAUCGGUUAGAAUUGUAAUUUUGUAGAACAUGUGCAGAGUUCUCUGCCUUGGCAAAAUAUUUCCUGUAGUAAGAGAUUUCUGUUCUCUGUACUUUGCAUUUAUUUGUUUAUUUGUGUCUAUGUUUCAUGAGCAAAAAUGGAAAAUAUAACAAUCAGACAUCUAAUGCUUGCACUAAGAACAAUUGGAUUGCUUUCCUUGUUAAAUAGCAUUGUUUUACUGACAUGGUCAGUGACACUCAAAUCACAGAUUGUAACAGUUUAAGGAAAUAAAUAAAACAUAUUUUGUGCUUGA